UACUGAAAUAGAAGAUCAGGAGAAAAAAUUAACAAAAAAAUAUUUUCAUCUCUUCCGUUUCAGGACAGUGAAACAUUCAACCCUUCAGUUGAACCACAACUGGCUCACAUCAUGAGUGUUAUAUUUUCGACAGUAUUACUUCAUUUGCUUGAUAGGCAAACAGAUUACAUGAACAGACUAGCCUACCUCCUGAAUGAAAAAGUGAAAUGUGAACAGGAAGAAGCACGUGAACUUGAAUAUGUGAACGAGAGUCUGCUCCUCAACAUACUUCCGAAGCACGUAGCAAAAGUUUAUUUGGAUGUGAACCGGGAAAUGCAGGACCUGUAUUUCGAGAAACACGAUAAUGUUGCAGUCAUGUUUGCUUCGCUCAUUACCGAUGAUGAUCUUCAAGACUAUCUAGAUGAUCGAGAAUUCAUUCUCUUGAUGAAUAAAUAUAUAACUUCUUUUGAUACAAUUUCCAAUAGACGUGAAUUCCUAGCAAUUGAGAAAAUAAAAAUUGCGAAGUGGACAUAUAUGGUUGCCUGCGGUUUGUUUCCCGGAGGAAAACGUCAUGAAUUAGAACGACAUCACACUAGUUCAAGCUUGGAAACAUUACUUGGUUUCGCAACAGAAAUGUUCAGGAAAGUCCAGCAGGUCAACAGAAAUCAGCAGCAACAAUGCAAAUUGAGAAUUG